GCCUUCACUCGUCGCUGAAAGUGUUCGCCUGCUAAAAUGCAAAGUUUCAGCGCCAGCAAAGUCGUUGCUACUCUCCGAGCGGAUGGUCAUGUCUACCCCAUGGAGAACACCAACCUGAUGCACUACGAGAUCCGCACCGAAGGUGAUGUCCAGCAAAAGAAGGGGAUCCUGGUGGGUCCGGCCACAUGCGUUGACCUGGGCAAACAGCUGCUCCAGUGCGCCAGAGACAGCGAUGUGGCGGGGGUCAAGGCGGCGCUAGCGCAUGGAGCUCCCUUCGCUUCCGACUGGCUAGGUAUGUCGGCACUUCACUUUGCCGCCAUGAACAAUCAGCUGGAGAUUUGCGAAAUCCUCCUGCAGGGAGGCAUUAACAUGGACGGCAAGACCAAGGUAGACCGAACGCCGCUCCACCUAGCCUGCUAUUACGGUCACGAGCGGAUAGUCAGUUUGCUGCUGGCGCUAAAGUGCAACGUCAACUCCCGCGACAUGCUUCGCAUGACCCCGCUGCACUGGGCGGUCGAGAAAAGACACAAAGGAAUUGUGCGCCUGCUACUCAAGUGCCAUGCAGAUGUCGCCUUGGUCUCAAAAUUCGGCAAGACACCGAUCGGACUUGCCGUGUACACGGAACAAGCAGAUGUGCUGGCGGAGCUAGAAGCGGCACGACAGGCACAGGCCAGUAAGAAGUUCAACGAGGAAUCGGAGCAACAAACACAUAAGACCAGAAAGGAAACUAGUGAAGCUGUCAGCUCAAUAAUGGACGAACCGGAAGUAAUUAAAACCCUUGACGACAGAGAAAUGUCGGUUGAAGAACGAAUGGAUGUCCUAGAAAACAUGCGAGGCCAUGCAAACGUGCUGCGGAACACUGCGCUUAACAUGCUUAAGACGCACGGAAUCGCAGACAUGGUGCAGGACAACGAUGACGAGGCCUCGAAAGAAAUGCUGAACACUGCGUUGCAGAAUGGACGCCAACUUGUCCUCUCGGAAGGAGGACGCAUGCUGUUGCACGAAACAAAAUCGGGCAUCAGCGGCAAGCAAUCCACAAAUGGAAAUGUCCGGCCCUCGGUCGUAGCGCUCCGCACAAAUGUUAAUAACUCUCAUCCCAAGAUUAGGAUGAAUGUCCUAAAGCAGAAGGAUCUUCCGUCGCCGGCAGGAGUUGCCAAGAACAAGAAUAUACGCAUAAUCUCGUUGACUGAUUUUAAGAAACUCUACGGAUCGGACAACACGCCAAAGUCCCUUCAGAAAAUACCCGCCUCUUUGGCAAGCUCUGGAAUGGUGCGGCAUCUUCCUGAUGGCACAAAGCUAGUCAACAUGCGCCAGUUGCAGGCUCGACAGUUAAAGCUCCCCUCGCUGCAAAGACCGCUGGAUCCCAAUUCGCUAGAAGAAUCACACAGCCAGAACGAAGCCGCGGUACCAACCCCACAGCCUUCAGGCCAUCCCGCGUCGGGCAGUUCGCUUAGGGGACAAGUGGGUACCGUCCAGACGAUACAGCUGCGACCUUCACUCUCGGCAGGAUCCGGGCAAUGCACAGUAAACAACGGGGCGGCACCUGCGAAGACAAUCGUCAAUGCGACGAAGCAGCCGCCGAAAUCUCCGAACGUAAUGCCGCUGCUAACUUCUUCUGAGAUCUGUCGCCAGCUUCACGAGUUGCGGCGUCAGAACGAAGAACUGCGGCGGCGGGCCGACUCCUUUCAGCGGGAAAAAGAGGAAAUGCUGAGGCGCAUUGACCGCCUGGAGCAGAUAGUGCUGGUUCAGGAGUCGGAGGCCGACUUGGAUUUUGGAGAGGACGCUUAGUUAGUGCAAAUAUACUUUUAAUGUAAGUUCGAUAAGAUAUAUUUAGGAUAUUGAGCCUAUAAGUGCAUUUGUAAAGCAGCCAGUCUAAUGACUAUUUCAUACCAGUUCUUAUUGAAACUCGAUUAACUUAAAUGCUAAGAGAGCUUUAAGCAAAUUCGCAUGUUGAUAGAAAUAUAUAAUUUUAAAAAUUCA